UGAAAAAGGGACGGCGCGGUUCAGUAGUUGUUUAAACACCAACACCAACAUGGCUUCAACAAGUUCAGUUCACGAUUGGACGGACGAGGAAACCCGGUUCAUGCUCCAGCAAAUACAAGAGCUAAACAUUUUAAAAUGUAUGGAUGGGCGCAAAACAAGAAACGCGGACCCUUUUAAAAAGAUCCAGAAAGAGAUGGCAGACGCGGGUUUCACCAGGACACCCGGGCAGAUCAAGAUGAGGUGGAAACAUGUACGGAAGGCGUACAUUGGUGCCAAACAAAACAAACCCACAAGUGGACAUGAUCCGGUCAGUUGUCCGUACUACGAUAUUCUGGAUGAGCUGCUGGGGAGUCGACCUUUGUUCCAGGCCCAACAACACGGGGUGGAUGUCGGUUUCCAGACAUUCAACCAAGAAGCAGCAACAGAGAUGGGCGGCCAUGUUGACUCAGCAGGCAGCACAGCAGAGCGUGGAGAUGAGGCUUGUCCGGUUGCUGAGGCCUCAAGGUGCAGUUCCCCGCUGCAGAGGAACUCUGAGUUACCAGAGAUAAGUGCUCAGAGACCUCGUCGGAGGCGGCAGGGGCAUAGAAGCGACAUCGCUCUCCUGUGCGACCAGAUGAACGAGACGAGGGAUUUCUGGCGAGGGCAUCUUCGGGAGAGCGACGAGCGUCAGAGGGAGAGCGACGAGCGUCGGAGAGAGAGCGACGAGCGACGGGAGCGGAUGAUGACCUCUCUUAUCGAGGUGAUGAGAGAGUCAAAUACAAUGUUCCGCGCAGCCCUGGACUCAAUCAGGAGACUGUUGCCUCCGGCACCCACCUACCACCUACCACCAAGUCCACCCCACGACCAGGGGGUGCCUUCCCAAGACCAUUAAGCCCGGUGUACCACCCACAAACGCCAUCCACCCCCUCACGGCCAAGGCCAAUGACAUCCGAACCGGAAGCCUACCCAGGGUACCACCGUGCCCUCCCAGGUCCAUCCACGUACCGCGACCUCUAGACAUUUGUUUUUUUUUAUUCAUCUUUUUUUGCACAUGUUUAAUUCAUCUUUUUUUGCACAUGUUUAAUUCAUCUUUUUUUGCACAUGUUUACGAUUGUAUAUAGUUUUGUUUUUUGUAUCUUAAUAAAUAUACACUCAAAACACUAAUAUCUACCUCUUUGUUUGUAAAAAAAAGUUUAGUUUAGUUUAUUUUGCACAUAAAACAUAACAGUAAAAAAACAAAG